AUGAAUUCCAAAUUGCUGUUUUUCAUCGCCACAGUCCUGGUGUGUGUAAACGCAGAAGUAUACAGGUCUUCUGAUUAUGAAAAAGAAUACCCCAUCAGAGGCCUAUUUUCAAAGCGACACCCCCGUGACGUCACGUGGGACACGAGAAUGGGAGGAGGGAAGGUCUUCGGCACUUUGGGACAGAACGACGAUGGACUAUUCGGUAAAGCCGGUUACAACAGAGAGAUUUUCAAUGAUGACCGCGGUCAGCUAACCGGCCAGGCUUACGGCACCAGGGUCUUAGGACCCGGAGGUGACAGCACUAACUACGGUGGACGUCUGGACUGGGCCAACAAGAACGCACAAGCUGCCAUUGACAUAAACAGACAAAUCGGAGGCAGAUCUGGGAUGACAGCCUCGGGCUCCGGUGUGUGGGAUCUUGAUAAGAACACCCACAUCUCAGCCGGCGGUAUGGUCUCGAAGGAAUUUGGUCACAGAAGACCAGACGUUGGUCUUCAAGCAGAGAUCCGGCAUGAGUGGUGA